AUGUGCUAUUUUGUCGCGCUAGAUCAAUAUUUGAAAUCGAACAAGUUGUUGUUGGAUGAAUCUAAACUCCGCAAAAACUUUUCUCCGCCUCCACCACAUAUCAUAGUUCCAGGCUCUACUCCCAACCUCCGAUCCAAACAAUCACAAUAUAAAAUGUCCUCAUUAGCAGACUACCUCGCUAAAAACUACUUAACAGCCGAUUCCCAACCCGAACGCCCUAAGAAGAAACGCAAGAAAAACAAACCCACCGACAACAGCGGCGAUACAGGCCUAAUAAUCGCAGACGAUGAUCCUCCAUCUUUACGCGCAUCGGCAGGCGAUUUGAUGAAUGAUAAUGAAUAUGAUGAGAAUUCGCCGUAUAUUCUAGACUCUACAACGUCUAGAUCGAUAAGUGCAGAGUUUAAAAAGAAGAAGAAAUCGAAUUGGAAGGUUAUUGGAGGAGAGAGUACCGGAUCAAAAAGUGAAGCGAAAGGACAAGGACAAGGACAAGAUGAAGCUGAUGCAAUACUUGCCUCUGCUGUAGCGGAGAGUGCAGCAAGGCUAGAAGAAAUUGAAGCCGAUGACGCGCCUACUAUUGAAGGUGGCAUCCAUGAAGCAGAAGAUGAUGGACCUCGCAUGGAAUCCGGAGCCCGCGCCGGCCUCCAAACAGCCGCGCAAACCGCGGCGAUGGUCGCAGCCCAAGAACGUCGCAAAAAGGCCGAACUCGCCGCCUUCCAAACCUCGGUAAAGCAACAGGGCCAAGAAGGAGGAGGAGGAGGAGAAACAAUCUAUCGAGACGCAUCAGGACGCAUAAUAAACGUCGCCAUGAAACGCGCCGAAGCCCGCAAGGCAGCCGAAGAAGCCGCAAAAGCCGAACAAGCAGCCAAAGAAUCACUCAUGGGCGACGUACAACGCCAACAAAAACAGGAACGAAUUGAACAACUCCGUUCUGCGCGGGCAAUGCCGUUAGCACGGACCAUUGAAGAUGAAGACCUAAACGAGGAAUUACGUGCAAAAGAAAGAUGGAAUGAUCCCGCCGCUCAGUUUUUAACAUCUAAAAAAGCUGGGGUGAGUAAAACGGGUAGACCGCUAUAUAAAGGGGGGUUUACGCCGAAUAGAUACGGCAUUAGACCGGGACAUAGGUGGGAUGGUGUUGAUAGGAGUAAUGGGUUUGAGAAGGAGUGGUUUCAGGCUAGGGCUAGGAAGGAGAGGAUUAGGGAUUUGGAGUAUGAGUGGCAGAUGGAUGAAUAG